CAACCUCAUUAGCCGCCUGGAAGUGCCUGGAUGUACAUACAUGCUAUGUACUAACCUAUGUAACUUAGGUAAGUUAAUAGUAGUAAAUAACGUUAGCUCCACGGCAGAACCUCUUCACCGCCUGCCUCCUGUUAAUAAUUUUUCCCAUGCUCACAGCUUGUGUUGCAAAAUGUUAACGCAGAUACCAAUGCAAAUGCAAAUGCAACAAAUCUCGGUCUGAAGCACAAGUUGACCCCACGUCACCAUGGAUCUGCUCAAGAUACUGUCGCGCGGUACGAAGAAAACCAACAGCCAAGCUACCGCUGCCACCACGAGCGCAAAACCAGCAAACCCACAACUAUACCAUGAUGCGACAAAAGGUUUGAAGAGGAAGCGCAACGAAGAGGCACUGGAUGAUGCUGUCUCCAAGGACACGACAGAGGACCUCGAUUUCUUCGCGGUAAAUGACGCCAAGAGUACCAAGGGUACCAACGCCGCCGAAGCCGAGAAAAAGAACAAGCAACAAGAGGACGCUCCAAACCAAGAGCAGGCUCGGUUGCUCGAUGCCGACGACGUUCGCCAGGUUUUACGAUCGCAUCGGCUAAAAUUCACCCUUCUUUCGAGACACGAAGAAAAGAAGUCAAAGGUCAAGAAGUCCAAAAAGAAGGAUCAAGUCAAGGCAAAGAGCAAGGAAUCCAAGCAACCACUCUUCCCUCAACCGCUAACGUCCUUCAACGACUUGCGGAAUACCUACAAGAUAUCCCCAAGACUCGUCGAGAACUUGGCGAGACAAGGCUUCAGAUUACCCACAGAGGUACAAUUAGGAAGUCUGCCGCUCUUGAUCGACCCCAAGAUAGCUCUGCAAAACCCCACAGGUCAUGAGCUGAACAUACCCAUGCAUGAGUCCGUCAAUUUCCUGGCAGUAGCACCUACCGGAAGCGGAAAGACACUUUCGUUCUUGAUACCAACCAUCAACUCUAUUUUACGCAGACGAGCUGAGCAAGGGCGGCAGAAUAGUCAUGCAUUGGAAGGAUUGGUCAUAGCACCUACGCGAGAGCUUGCUCACCAGAUUGUCCACGAAGGUCAAAAGCUAGCGGCUGGCACCGGUGUUAAGGUCGUUGGCUUCAAGAAAGGAAUGCGACUGCCUACGGGAGAUGAUUUCAUAGAUUUGGAAGAGGAGAAUGGCUCGGCUGCACAAAAUUCAGACGCCUCAGAAGCUUCCGAUGCCGAUGACGAUGAUGAUGACGACGACGACGACGAGAAGCGGGAGGAUGAUGCAUCGGAACGUCCAGUUACAAAGGCAGACAUAAUUGUCACCACGCCCGGACUGCUUCUGAGUUUUCUUUCCAAAGGUGGCAAACGAAAGACUCUGCCAGCUGUCCGGUCUGUUGUUUUGGAUGAAGGUGAUGUUCUUUUGGACGAGCUGUUCCGGGAACAGACACUGGGUAUCAUUUCUUCCUGUACAAAUGAGUCCCUGAGAUUCACGUGUUGGUCCGCUACCAUGGGUUCGAACAUCGAGGCACUUUUGUUAGAAAAGUUUGGUGUCCAGGGCUCUGCUUCCAGUGCUCCGCUCGUAAGACUGGUGGUAGGUCUCAAAGACACGGCUGUACCAAGUGUAAAUCACCAUUUGGUUUUCACUGGAGAUAGUGAACGAGGAAAACUCUACACUCUUCGACAACUACUCCACCCCAGCUCAGCGGGAUCGUCAACCACAAUUCCUGAAAUGGCCCUGCCGUUCCUCGUCUUCGUUCAGACCGUUGAGCGGGCGUCUUCGCUUUAUGACGAAUUGAAAUUCGAGUUUCCAGCUGAGGCUGGCGGUUCUACUAGGAUUGCCACUUUGCAUUCAUCCUUGUCUGAAUCAGCAAGAUCAAAAAUCAUUGCCAGGUUUCGAGCGGGUGAGAUAUGGGUACUCAUCACGACAGAUUUGUUGAUGCGCGGUAUCGAUUUCCGUGGUGUCAACGGUGUAAUCAACUUUGAUAUUCCGACCUCGCCUGCAGCUUAUGUGCACCGGGUCGGCCGAACCGGCCGCGCAGGUCAUGAAGGUGGUGUUGCCGUCACGUUCUACACCAAGGAAGAUAUUCCUUACUUGAAGAACAUCGCGAACGUAAUCUCAUUAAGUGAAAAGCAGGCUGGCAAGGAGGACGGUAUUCCAAAGUGGCUUAUGGAUGCCUUGCCAAAGGUGCAGAAAGAUGAUAAGAAGAAACUCAGGAAGAAGGGUGUAGAGUCUCGCAGGGGCGACAAGGCUGAGAUUUCGACAAAGAGCGCCUGGGAGAAACGUCGCGAGAACAACAGGAAGGGUGCCAUUGCAGGGAGUAAGAAGAGGAAACUCGAGCAUGGGGAUGACAGCGACGAAGGGCAUGAAAGCGAGUGGGGUGGACUGGGUGCUUAAAGUGCCUCCACAGAGUGGCUAUGGGGUUAGAAAUGGAUUGUCACAAUAGCGUAUGACCCAACAUGCCUAACAGUCUUCACCAAAUGUCCUUUGCAUCCGUGUUGGUGAUAUUGUAGUACAAAAGCUCGCCUGUCUGAAAUUACCUCCACCCUAACGAUGGACGCGAAAAGUUUCGGACGGGCCAGCAUUUAGACAUACAAUCUUUGGAUGACUUCAAAAACCUGCUGCUCACCAGUG